AUGAAGCCCUGUAGCAAUUCUACUGGAGCUGAAUUAAUCAGUAUGGAGAGCGAAGGUGGAGAUUUCAUUAUAUUGCCUCCGAAGAAGAAAAAAGAAAAGAAAGGAAAAACCCAGGUACCUGCAAAGCCUAAGCUUAGCAAAUCCCAGAAAAGAAAGUUGAAGAAACUUGAGGAGGAGAAGCAAAAAGAAAUUCUUCUAUCUAAAAGCAUCGAGACAUUGGAGAAGUACAAGAUUCGAGAAGAUGUUUAUUCACUUAUGUGGUCUUCAAGGAACUUGGGCCAGGUUGAAACUGUUCGAGAAAAACGUAGAAGAGAAGUUGAAUUUUCAAAAGCUGGUUUGGAGUUGCCCAGUAGUGAUCAGCCUUUAACAAAGAAAAGAAGUAAUAAUGUGUAUGAAAGUGUUGAAGUAGAUGAGGACAAAACCGAGUCACCAGCUGUCAAUGGCUAUGGAAGCGACAACAUCCAGUAUACUUUAGAUGAAUUUGUUGGGCCAUCCGGAAAUGAAGUUUGUGAUAAUGCACCUUUAACUUGUGAUGGAAGUGGUGUUGUUUCGGUCAAGGAAGUGGCUGAUGAGAAUAUUGUAUCAUCAAUUCCAGACAUUACACAAGAAUCUAGCGAUUCAAUGCACAAAGAAGAAAUCAAGUCCACGCAUAAAGUAGAGGGAGAUCCAAAAUUCCAUCUUAAUAAAGAAUAUAACCAGGGAAGCAGUACUUUAUCAAGGACGAUUGUUACUCCAACUGUGAUACACGUGUCAAGACCCAAGGAUGUGGAAGAGCAAAGGACAGGUCUUCCAAUAGUCAUGAUGGAACAAGAAAUAAUGGAAGCUAUAAAUGAAAAUAUUAGUGUCAUUAUAUGUGGUGAGACUGGUUGCGGUAAGACAACCCAAGUCCCUCAGUUUCUUUAUGAGGCUGGUUUUGGAUUGAACUGUUCAAAUAGUCGAGGAUGCAUUAUCGGUGUCACUCAACCUCGCCGAGUUGCUGUACUUGCAACUGCCAAGAGAGUAGCAUUUGAGCUUGGGCUUCGACUGGGAAAGGAGGUGGGUUUUCAAGUUAGGCAUGACAGAAGGGUUGGAGAGAAUUGCUCGAUCAAAUUUAUGACUGAUGGAAUCCUGCUUCGGGAAGUGCAGAGUGAUUUUCUGUUGAAGCGUUACUCCGUUUUAAUCUUGGAUGAAGCUCAUGAGAGAAGCCUAAAUACAGAUAUACUCAUUGGGAUGCUUUCUCGUGUUAUCCAACAGCGUCAAAGGGAAUAUAAAGAGCAAGAGAAGAGGAUUCUUUCUGGGGAAACUAUCGGACAUGAUGACAGGAUCUACCCAUUAAAACUUGUGCUGAUGAGUGCUACUUUGCGUGUAGAAGAUUUUGUCUCUAACCAAAGAAUUUUUCGCAAUCCUCCGCCUGUAAUCGAAGUCCCAACACGCCAAUAUCCAGUUACUACACAUUUCUCAAAGAAGACAGAGAUCAUUGAUUACAUCGGUCAAGCCUUUAAAAAGGUUCUAUCAAUCCACAAGAGAUUGCCACCUGGGGGCAUUCUUGUUUUCGUGACGGGGCAGAGAGAGGUGGAAUACUUGUGUCGUAGAUUACGUAGAGCUUCUCGAGAGAUUGUAGCAAAAUCAGUCAAAGGAAAUAAUAAUGAGUCAUCCUCUGCGCAUGAAGAGAAACAUUUAGAGGAAAAUGAUAUGAAAGAGAUAACUGAAGCGUUUGAAUUUCAAGGAAAUUCUGGCCAUGAAAUUACUGAGCGUUUUGGUUCUUAUAUGGAGGAGGAUCGUGGAGAUUUUUCGGAAGCUGAUGAAUCUGAUGGAUCCUAUGAUUCGAGUGAGGACAGUGAUUUGGAGUUCUUUAGCGAUGAAGAGAAUCAGUCAAAACUUUUGGAGUCGUCUGAUGGUAAUCUUUUGGAUAUUUCGGGGCUCAAGGCUGCUUUUGAAUCCUUAGCUGGGAAAAGUGAGGCAAAAAAUGCGGUUGACCUAAUGCCUGAAGCAGCAAACCUGUUAGAUUCCAGUAUUAAACAAAAUACAGAAAAAGAGAAUAGUAGUUUCUCCCCUAGCCCACUCACUGUUCUGCCUCUUUAUGCCAUGCUGCCGGCAUCAGCUCAGCUUCGUGUAUUUGAGCAAGUGAAAGAUGGGGAACGCCUUGUUGUUGUGGCCACUAAUGUGGCUGAAACAUCUUUGACAAUCCCAGGAAUAAAGUAUGUUGUUGACACUGGACGAGAAAAGACAAAAAAUUAUAACUCUAGUAAUGGCAUGGAGACGUAUGAGAUUCAGUGGAUAAGCAAGGCUUCAGCAGCUCAGCGUGCGGGAAGAGCUGGAAGGACUGGGCCUGGACACUGUUACCGUCUGUAUUCCUCGGCAGUCUUCAGUAAUUUAUUUCCUGAUUUCUCGAGUGCUGAGAUAUCGAAAGUGCCGGUUGAUGGCGUUGUUCUCCUUAUGAAAUCCAUGCAUAUUGGCAAGGUAGCAAACUUUCCUUUCCCGACGCCCCCUGAGACCAAAGCCAUAAACGAAGCGGAACACUGUCUGAAGGUUCUAGAAGCAUUAGAUGAAAAGGGAAGGUUGACUUCCUUAGGGAAAGCCAUGGCUCGCUACCCAAUGAGCCCACGCCAUUCCAGAAUGCUCCUCACAGUUAUUGAAAUAAUCCAUAAACUGAAAGGAUGUGCGCGGCCAAAUCUUGUUCUGGCCUAUGCUGUUGCAGUAGCCGCAGCUUUAAGCUUGACAAACCCUUUCAUAAUGCAUUUAGGCGAAAACCAGAACGACACAGAGGAUCCGAACCACAAUGAGAAAUCUGGUCCCGACCGAGAACAAAAAUCAUUGAAAAAGAAGAAGUUAAAACAUAUUGCCAGAGCUUCUCGUGAGAAAUUUUCUAACCCCACCAGUGAUGCCUUGACAGUUGCUUAUGCACUACAGUGCUUCGAACUUUCUGGAAGCCAGACAGAGUUUUGCACCGAGAAUGCCUUGCACCACAAGACGAUGGAGGAAAUGUCCAAGCUGAGAAAACAGCUUCUCCAGUUAGUUUUCGGCUCAAGCAUUACCGAUAUAGAGAAAGAGUUCUCGUGGGCCCACGGCACUCACAAUGACGUGGAGAAUGCUUGGAGGGUUUUGUACAACAAACACCCUCUCUCGCUCGACGAGGAGGAAAUAUUAGGACAGGCCAUAUGCGCUGGGUGGGCCGAUCGAGUCGCGAAGCGCGUGAAAGGGGUUUCAAAAAAUUUCUCCUCAGACGGCGAAAAACAUGUUAAUGCAGUGAAAUACCAAGCUUGCAAUGUUGAAGAAAUGAUUUUCCUCAACCGCAGGUCAUCUCUCUCUCGGUCUCCACCCGAGUUUUUGGUUUACAGCGAAUUACUGCACAGUAGAAGACCGUACAUUCACGGGGCGACUAGUGUGAAAUCGAAUUGGCUCGUUCGUUAUGCACGGUCGCUGUGUACUUUCUCAGCCCCACUCGCAGAGCCUAAACCUUACUAUGAUUCAAUAUCCGAUCAAGUCUUCUCAUGGGUGUCCCCAUCCUUCGGCCCUCAUCUUUGGCAGCUACCUUUGCACGGUUUGCCCAUUAAAGACGAUUUCACUAGAGCUGCGAGUUUUGGUUUUUCUUUGCUCGAGGGACAAGUUUUAUCGUGUCUAAAAGAUGUGCGUAAAUUUAUGGCGGCCCCACCAGCGAGCCUGUUGAAGCCCGAGGCUUGGGGGCUCAAACGGGUGGGCAAUCUGUUGAGUAAAUUGAAUUCGAGAGGGAGAGUUAUCGACAGUCGUGCUAAAUUAAGAAUGCUGUGGGAGGAAAACCCAUCCGAGUUGUUUGUGGAAAUUCGGGAUUGGUUUCAGGAAGGUUUUCAUGCACGGUUCGAAGAACUCUGGGCCGAGAUGCACCGUCAAGUUGUUUUGGAUUUUGAAGACGGGUCUCUGAGGAAGGUUGGUAGAAAAAAGAGGAGGUUAUGA